CUCUCUGCACUCGCUCUCAGUCCCAGCUGAGUCUGUCCCUCAGAGUUUCCUGUUAGCAUACCCAUCCUCACACUGUAAACACUCUCGGCUAAUUCCUGUUCCUGCCCCGCCGCCUCUUCACCCAGCGACGCCGCCGAGCCGCAUCACUGACCGGCAGCAGCAGCGCUGAGGACCGCGGCCGGGCUGAUGGAGGUUCCGGCUCGGAGUGACCACACGGCGGUCCUGUCUGGAGACGUGCUGUAUGUGUGGGGAGGCUGCCAGUAUGUGGAUGGAGAAGAUGUCGCUUUUCCCAGUGAUGAGAUCUGGCUCUAUGAUAUGGAAAGUGGAAAGUGGUCUCGUAGGGAAAUGGGCGGGGAGGUUCCUCCUCUGCUCUCUCAGGCAUGUGGCUCAUUUCUCCAGGGUAUACUGUAUGUUUUCGGGGGCUGUGACAGCAAUGGCCACACCAACCAGAUGUACUGUGUAGACUUGCAGGAUGGAAAAUACACCUGGAGGAAAAUAAAAAGCUGUGUUGGAGCACCUCCCUCCCCCAGAGACAGGCACUCCUGCUGGGUCUUCAAGGACAGGCUCAUCUACUUUGGAGGAUAUAGCUGCAAAUCAGUGCGAGAGGUCAGCAACUUCAAGAGUUUCACUGUAGAUGAGACAUCAUGGGCGAUGAUUGGUAGUGAGUUUUUCCGCUUCUGGGGUUGGAAUAAUGAAGUUCACAUGUUUGAACCCGGCUCUGCCACCUGGACUGAACCACACACCCAGGGUCAGCCUCCUGAGCCAAGAUGUUCCCAUGCUAAUGCCACCCUGGGCACCAAGGGCUACGUCUGUGGGGGACUGGAAACAGAGACCAUAGACAUUCACUGUUUAGACCUGCUCACAUGGACUUGGAGCCAAAUGGAGCCUGUGGCCACUCCCGUGCCCAAGGGCCGCAUUCUACACACCCUCACACCCACCUCACACAACACGCUGUUCCUAUUUGGAGGCCUCAGCACCUCUGGACAGGUUCUCAAUGAUGGCUGGGAGUUUGACACUACAGCGAGAGAAUGGAGAGAGAGGGAGCAUCCUCACAAAGACAAGCCCAGAUUGAGGCACUCCGCUGUACAGGGGAAGGAUAAUGAUGUGGUGGUUUUUGGAGGAAGUCAUGACUAUGUCCUGAUGAUGGAUUCGGUCACGGUGCUCAGGUGUCCAUCUCAGACCCACUGCAGAGAUGUUCUGGUGUUUCAGACUCAGCCCCUCUCCCUCUCCAGAUUAUGUGAGGACUGCGUAGGAAAACAUGCUUCAACUCUGCAGGAACAAGCAUCAUGUUUACCACCCAGAGUACAGGAAACUCUUCAUAAGAGGAUGUCUUACUUCAGAACACUAACAGAACUGCAGGAGCGUGCCACUUUAACACACUGACUUUACAGCCUCAUUAUAAUGCCUUGGUUUGGUCUGCUGCUCUGAGGGCAUGUCCAUUUAAACAGGAGUGCUGGAAUGUAUAUGAUCUGUUUUGGAAUUUAAAGGCACCAAUAGAAUAAUAGUGGGCCAGUUCCAAUAUCCAAUAUUUUUGCAUACUUUUCUGCCAAUACUUAAAAAUGUAUAAAAUAGACUUGGGGUUGACUACAUCUACCUGGAGUCUAACAUGUAGUGUUUGUUAGGGGUAAAUAUGAUUAAAUAUUGCUUUAAGAAUAAUAAUAAUAAUAAUAAUAA